GAUCGAUCACUCCUUUCAAAUCCUUGCAAUCUUGACAAAAAAAAAAAAAUGAUGAAGCAGAGUAUCAUAUCGAAGAAGAAGAAGAACAAACAGUCCAUCCCAGAACAAGUUCCAAUCCAAGUCAUCCUCGAAAUCCUCUCCAGACUCCCCAUCAAAUCCCUCUUCCAUUGCCAACUCGUUUGCAAAGAAUGGUUUUCUUCAAUCUCAGACCCACACUUCGCUAAACUCCACCUCUCAAGAUCACCCAUCAGCCUCUUGAUCAAACCCAUCUUCAGAGCAUCCAGACAACUCCGCUUGUACGACCUCCAAAUCCUCCACAAAACCCAUCCCCGCGAAGCUCAUCUCAAGCUCACUUCUGAAAUCAACAUCCCAUAUGCGGGUCAAGAAAUUGUGAAUUCUUGUAAUGGGUUGCUCUGUUUGUGCCACAUUUCUGUGAUUUAUGUGUGUAAUCCGAUUCUGGGCGAGUACAUUACCUUACCAUAUGCAACCUAUGAUGGACAUUACAGUGUUCCCACUGUUACUGCUUUUGGGUUUAGUCUCAGGACUAAUCAAUACAAGGUUAUACGGUUUUUUAUCGAACGGGUUGUCGAGUCAAUCAACCCCAUUACUGAGUUAAAGACUUAUCGUGAUGAUCCAAAAGCUAUGAUUUACACAAUUGGUGGGUUGUGGAGAAACUUAGGUAGUGUUCCUUAUUAUUUGACGAAUCGUUCGUUCAAUUCUUUCGUGAAUGGAGCUCUUCAUUGGCUUAAUUUUACGUGUGAUAGUCCUGAUUUCAUUCGAUGUUUUGAUUUUGAUAGCGAGGAAUUUCGGGUUGUUCCUGAACCUCCUGAGUUUGGUCUGCGUAAGGAGUUUUCGGAUCAUAUUCGUGUGGGUGUGCUACGAGGUAGUCUCUCCAUUUGUGAUUUUUCUAGUCCUCUUCGUAUCUCUAUAUGGUUAAUGAAAGAUUAUGGGAUUAAGGAAUCAUGGAGCAAAGAGUUGGUUAUUGAAGAUGGGAUUGGUAAGAGAGGAAAUUUUGACUGUUAUGAGCCAAUCAUGAUUCUAAAGAGUGGUGAAAUCUUGAUGCUUGUUAACAAGGAUGCUCUCAAGAUGUAUAAUCCUAAGUUGGGUAAAUUUAAGAAGCUAAAUACUUAUGGGAUUAAAUCAGAAUUUUAUGGGACUGCUCAUGUUCCGAGUUUUGUUUCCCUCAGGGAUGUUGCCAAAAGAGAGAAAUUUUCUUUCGUGUGUUAACAGUCGCCAAUGCAGAGGCUAAAGCGUUGGAAAGGAACCAAACCCUUUUUCUUGGAGGAAGACUGACGGAUCGUAGUAGUCCUUCAGCGAGUGAAAGUUUGCUUUUGGGUGUAGUUAUGCAGGAGCUAUUUUGUCGGCUAAACCUACCUUGUUGCUAUUUUUGAAAAAUAUGGUGAAGUUUCUUUUUUCGUUCUAGUUCUUUAUUGUGUCAGCACAAGCAAGAAUUAUUUGAGACCUUGAACUUUUGGUUUUUGGGUAUUGUUUUGCAGGAGUUUUACUUCUUUGGAUUCAAUGACAUGUUAUUGUAGAUGAUGUAAGUAGAACAUAUUGAGAAUUAUAGUAAAGUGUAAAAAAUGAGAAAAAUUAAUUG